AUCCCUGGCAUAGAAUAUACAUGAUUCUAAAAUAAACAACAUAAUAAGCUUAUUACUAAAGAUAACCGAAAAAUGUCGUCUGAAGAAAAGUAUUACUUUAAAGAGGAAUUAGCCUACACGGAAGAUCAUGUGUUGGUGAAGAAUCUCUUUCUAAUUAAUAUUGAAGAAGGACUAGAGAAGCAGCAAAUUCAAGAGCAUUUUGAGAAAUAUGGAUGCGUUGAACAAUUGCAUCUGUUUCCGUGUGAAAAUAAAAGAAGAAGUAACUGCGAUGUCUUUAAGAAUGGAACACGAACUGGCUACGUUGUCUUUGAGAAUCCUCGUUCUGCUGCCAAUGCAUUGGAAAACGAAAUCCAUACGGUCAAUGAAUGCCAUAUAAGAGUCCAGCCAAGUUAUAGUUGGUUUCAACCACAUGCCGAGAAAAUGCCGGAUAAACCGGAAAAUGUGAAUCCCAAUGAGAAAACUGCUGUCAUUAUGAAACUGAACGAUGAUUGUUUAGAGCAUAUAUUCCGGCAAUUAUCACAAUCUGAUCGCAUUCGAUUUGCACGCACUUGUUUUCGUUUCCGAUGCAUUUAUGAGGCAAUGUCGCCGAAGCUGGACAAAUUUAUAGAUUUUGAAAUAUUCAAAGAAAUGACUGCAUGGGAAGUGCGUGAUUUUUUUCAACUUUCCGGACGUAAUGUAAAGGAAAUCGAUGGCUUUAUACCAUACCAUUACCGUGAUCUCGUCUGCAACUUUCUUGGGAAGCAUUGCAUUAAUUUACAGUCAAUGGAAAUCCGAAAUGACAUUUCGUACGACAUAUUUAAAUUGCUUGCAAAUCUAAAUAGUCUUCAAAAUCUGCUAAUAUAUGGAAACGGUCUUACCGGUGAGGAUCUGCAAGCGAUCGAGCAUUUAAGUCAGCUUAAGAAACUGUAUUUCCUCGGCAUUGAAAUUACGAGUACAGAUCAUUUGAAUUAUUUGCCAAAGUCUAUUGAGACGCUGUUACUAUCAAGCGACGGUGCAACACGGCACCCGGAAUUCUUGAUUGAAAUAUUUGAAAGGCUACCGCUGCUCAAAGAAUUGCACAUACCAAGCUUUAUUCUCGAAAAUCCGUGUUUUGAGCAGCUUAUCAGCGACAAGUGCUGUGAAUCUUUGGAGACUCUCUCUAUUGGCUGCAGUUAUCACAGGCUUGAUGAUUAUAAUCACAUUGCAAAGCUACCAAGCCUCAGAAACUAAUGUUGUAUAACAAUUGUGUUUCUAAUGCAAUGCCUCCAAUGCUAAUGACAUGGCUGGUGGAGCAUAAGUCUAAGCAGUUGGAACAUCUCGAAAUACAUACAUGUUUUCAAAACUUAAUCAAUUUCGAGAUCCUUCCACAGAUUGGAAAGCUGAGAGCAUUGCGUACACUGGUUUUUGAAAACUGCGACAUCGUCACCGACCGCGGAUUAGAGGCACUAUUUACCUUGCAAGAUUUGACAGAAAUCACUAUCACUUUUAAUGAUAAAAUCACUGACAGUGGUGUACUUCGACUGUUCCUUGCCUGUCCCAAACUUCAAGUGUUAAAUCUGAAGAAUUGUGAGCAACUCACGGAAAAGCUUCUUCAUGAUAUUAUUUUAAAACUACAAAAUAAUCAACAUUUUCGCCCACUUCCUGUUAAACUACUUGUGUACGGCACCAAAGUCAAUGAAUUAACACUAUUAAAUGCGGAUGUGACUGCCAGGAAUAUAAUCGAUGUAGAUUUUGAUAUACAUGCAUAAGUAAUAUUGUCGGAGAACUAAAAGUAGUAAUUUUUCCAAAAAAGUAUUUAAUUUUUUGAAUUUAAUUAAUUUAAUUUUGAUUUUCGUAGCGCUACAAGUGGACGCUUAUAAUUAUGGCACUGGUCACUAACCUUAAUUUAUUUUAAAGCUAGACUUUUUAAAUGCGUAGCAGAGUCUUUGUUUUAAGUUGGUCCGGAAACAGAUUCAGAUUUGCUUAAACCAAAUCGAAAGCAAAACUUAAUCUGUUUCCGGAAUACCCCUAUAAAAUCGCAAAAUUCCAGGUGAUAGCUAUAAAUUAGCUAGAUCUGUUACCAACAGAUCAUUUUCAGCUCGUGAUAAACAAGAAGUAAACAUUUACUUUCUUUUGAUAUAAUAAAAUAAAUAUUUGUAUAAUUUAUAAAA